AUGCAUGAAAACGAUAUGCUAGAGACCAUUGCUCUUGUACCCGUCGGCCUCGCGCUGUGGGCUCUCGGCAAAAGACAGGCCAAACAGCAGGAACUCAUUAGUAGACUCCAGACAACCAUAGGCAAACAAAGAGAAGAGUUGGACCGACUUCUGCAGACAGAAAGUGCAACGGGUUCUGCGCGUUUGGUGACGUAUUCCAUAUUGGUGGCGCUGGGGGUAUAUGGCUCUUUUCUUCUCACAAAAUGUGUCUCGUUGACAUCCUUGCAUAGGGGCUGCGAUUUGCCGCCGACAGAGUACACACCAACUACUGCACGACAUGAGGGAGAGGAGUGCGUUGUGUGCAUGCUUCAUAGGCGGGACACAUUGUUUGAUCCAUGUCGUCACUUGUGUGUAUGCUGGCUGUGCUCGCGGAAUAUGCAAUCUUGCCCGGUUUGUCGGCGGGAUAUUUUGAGACGUCAAUUUGCGUUUAUUUCUUGA